AUGCUUACGGCAAUUCUGAGGAAGGGAAAAUCUUUAAGUCUUAUUUGUGGGGCUCCUUCCUGGCUCUGUGAAUUUGAGCAGAGGAAACAUCAGGAAGAGGCACGUCUCCUUGAAACUGGAACUGUCCCCUUGAGUGACGGGAAGGAGCAGCCCCUGUCUCUCUCAUCGUCCUGCAAAGAGACCCCAGACACCCCGAGGCCUGCAGGAGAGCCUGACUGGGUGACUCAGUUUGUGCAGAAGAGAGAAGAAAGGGACCUGGUGGACCGUAUGAAGGAGGAACAGGUCAGGAGGAAGAAGCGAGAGGAGCGCCUGCGGCAGAUUCGGCACAAUGCGCAGCUCAAGUAUGCAGCCAAGCGCUUGAGACAAGAGGAAGAAGAGAUGGAGCGUCUCCUCUGCCUCAGCAGGGAGAUGCUAGCGGUGGGAGCAGAGGCCGAGCCUUGGGAGCCGCUGGUGUCUGGGGAGGAGGAGCUGGUCCUCGCUGAGUAUGAGAGUGAUGAGGAGAAGGGAGCAGCUCGCGGAGUGGACGCGGAUAAGGAUGACCCAGAGGAAGAACAUAUAACUAAGAUUUACUACUGCAGUCGGACACACUCCCAGCUGGCUCAGUUUGUGCACGAGGUACGGAGGAGCCCCUUUGGCAAGGACACCCGGCUCGUCUCCCUCGGCUCUCGGCAGAAUCUUUGUAUAAACGAUGAUGUGACCCUGGGUUCUGCGCAGCUCAUCAAUGACCGCUGCGUGGAGAUGCAGAGAAGCAAACAUGGUAAGAGGAACAGAGCUGAGGAAGAGAAGCCCAAGAGGAGAAGGCAGGAGCACUGGGCCGCAUGCCCCUUCUAUGGCUACGAGCAGCUGCAGCUCCUCCGAGACCAGGUCCUGGUGGGGGUGAAGGACACUGAGCAGUUGGUGACACUGGGGAAGGAGGCUCGGGCCUGUCCCUAUUACAGGAGCCAGUUUGCCAUUCCAGCAGCCCAGCUCAUGGUGCUGCCCUACCAGAUGCUGCUGCAUGUGGCCACCCGCCAGGCUGUGGGCAUCUGGCUACAGGGCCAGGUGGUGUUCAUCGACGAGGCGCACAACCUGAUCGACACCAUCAUGGGCAUCCACAGUGCAGAGGUCAGCGGUUCCCAGCUCUGCCAGGCCCAUUCCCAGUUGCUCCAGUAUAUGGAACGAUAUGGGAAGCGUCUGAAGGCCAAGAAUUUGAUGUACAUCAAACAGAUCCUCCUGUUGGAGAAGGUUGUGACUGUGUUGUGUGGGAACAUUAAGCAAAAUUCCAACACACAGAGCCUUUCACAGACAGGGACAGAGAUGAAGACCAUCAAUGACUUCCUCUUUGAGAACCAGAUCGACAACAUCAACCUGUUCAAGGUGCGGCGCUACUGUGAGAGGAGCAUGAUCAGCAGAAAGCUCUUCGGCUUCACAGAAAGGUAUGGCGCAGUCCUCACACCCUCCAGGGAGCAGCCCAGACUGCCUGGGUUAGCACUUCUGCAGACCCUGCAGCCCACAGUGGCCGAGACUCCUGUGAGCCCUGUGGAGGAGGGCGAGGCCAGGCUGCCACGGCCAGCUUCCCCGCUGAUGCACAUCGAACCCUUCUUAGCAGCCCUCACCACUGCCAACCAGGAUGGCAGGGUCAUCCUGUACUGCCAAGGAAGUCUUUGUCAGAGUAGCCUCAAAUUCUUGCUCCUGAAUCCAGCCAUACACUUUGCCCAGGUGGUGAAGGAAUGCCGGGCCGUGGUCAUCGUGGGGGGCACUGUGCAGCCGGUGUCUGACUUGCGGGAGCAGCUGCUGGCCUGUGCUGGGGUGGAAGCUGAGCGAGUGGUGGAGUUUUCCUGUGGUCAUGUGAUCCCACCAGACAAUAUCUUGCCCCUGGUCAUCUGCAGCGGCCCCUCCAGCCAGCAGCUGGAGUUCACAUACCAGAAGAGAGAGCUGCCGCAGAUGAUGGAGGAGACUGGUCGCAUUCUCUGUAACCUGUGCACUGUGGUCCCUGGAGGGGUGGUCUGUUUCUUCCCCUCCUAUGAGUACCAAUGCCAGGUCUAUGCCCACUGGGAUAAGAGUGGGCUGCUCUCCCGCCUGGCUGUCAGGAAAAAGGUAUUUCAGGAACCCAAGAAAGCAAACCAGGUGGAACAGGUGCUGGCGGAGUAUUCCAGGUGCAUUAAGUGUUGUGGCCAGGCGGGAGGCACGGUGACAGGUGCUCUGCUCCUCUCUGUGGUUGGAGGAAAGAUGAGUGAAGGUAUUAAAUUCUCUGACAACCUUGGCCGGUGUGUGGUUAUGGUAGGCAUGCCCUACCCAAACGUCAGGUCACCAGAGCUGCAGGAGAAGAUGGCCUACCUGGGCCAGACCCUGCCCAGAGGCCCAGGUCAGCCACCACCAGGCAAGGCUUUGGUGGAGAAUCUGUGUGUGAAGGCUGUCAACCAAUCUAUAGGCAGGGCCAUCAGGCACCAGAAGGAUUUUGCCAGCAUAGUGCUUCUGGAUCAGCGGUAUGCCCGCCCACCUAUCCUGGGAAAGCUGCCAGCCUGGAUCCGAGACCGUGUAGAGGUCAAAGCCACCUUUGGUCCUGCCUUUGCUGCUAUGAGGAAGGUCAGUCCUGCCUUUCCCUCUCUCCGAAAGCCCCCCACCUCUCUGGCUGGAGGAGAGCACAAGGGCUCCCCGCCCCCAGCCACUUGGCCUCAGAAGCGGCUACCUCACUCCUUGAAGAAGGUCCAGGUGCAGGUCUGGGACAGUCCUCCAUGGUCCCCGUUCCUGCAUGGGCAGCAGGGGUCAAGAGACCCACAGGCCAGGCAUCUCAUCCUGGUUGUGUCCAUGUGA